AUGUCUGCUGCCAUCAUCAGAGUGAAGACAGCUGAUGAGAGAAUAACACAGUCAAUAAGCCAGUUCAACAUUUAUUUGACAUCAGUUUUAGUAAACAUUGGAGUUUUUGCAACCGGCAGUCUAUACAGUUGGACUUCCCCAGCCAUUCCAAAACUACGAGCCCCAGAUUCCUGGCUGCACAUUAACACUGAUCAGGCCUCAUGGGUUGGGUCUCUUAUAGCCUUGGGGUCGAUGUUUGGACCAUUUGUAGGAGGUUAUCUAGUGGACUUGGUUGGGAGGCGGCCUGUGAUGGUAGUUGCAGUAGCGAUGGGUCUCAUGUCUUGGGCAGUGCUCUACCACGCAGAGACAGUCUGGGAACUGUGUGUGGCACGGGUUGUAGCAGGCGUGGGUGGUGGCAUCAUCUUUACAACAGUACCACUCUACUUGGCUGAAAUAGCUCAGGAUGAGGUACGAAGUGCUCUGGUGUCUCUUUUCAACGUGUUCUUCACAGCAGGUCUUUUAUUAGAGUAUUUGGUUGGGCCGUACGUCUCAUACUGGUCACUUGUGUGGGUAUCCUGUGUGGCUCCUGUUAUCUUCUUCAUUUGUAGUCCAUGGAUACCGGAGUCACCAUAUUUCCAUCUUCAGCACCACUAUGAUCAAAAGGCCUACAAUAAUUUAACGUGGCUAAGGAAAGGCGCAUCUGACGAGCAAAUUGCUGAGGAACUUAGAAAAAUUAAGGAAUCCCUUGAAGAAGCAAGGAACAAUAAAGGUUCAGUGAUGGACCUGUUCUCUCGAAAAGGUAACCGAAACGCUCUGCUGCUCUCGUGUGGGUGUAUAAUGUUCCAGCAGCUCAGUGGUAUCAACGUCAUGCUCUUCUACUCCCAGACAAUAUUCCAGCUGGCUGGUCAGUUCUCUCUAGAUCCCAGUGAGUCCUCGGCUCUGGUCGGGGUUAUACUGCUGUUGGCUGCAUGUGCAGCAGUGCCUUUCACCCAUGUUUUUGGCUUGAAGAUAAUGCUGCUUGUUUCUAGCCUUGGCAUGUCAUUCUUCCUGGGUCUAAUGGGGCUGUACUUUUUCCUGCUUGAUGAGGGAAAGGACAUAUCAAAUUUCCGUUGGAUGCCGCUGAUCAGCCUUAUUGGAUAUGUUAUAAUUUAUUCCUUUGGAUUUGGGCCUCUACCGUGGGCGUUGAUGGCAGAAGUGUUUCCUCCGAAUGUAAAAGGCCUCGCAUCUGCUCUUACUUCUUCAUGCUGUUGGGCCAUGAGCUUUCUACUGACCAAACUGUUUCCACUUCUAGUCGAUAUUAUUGGUGCUCAGUACCUUUUCUGGUCUUUUGCUGCAUUUUGUAUACUUGCGUUCUUAUUUGUCUUGAUUUUGAUACCUGAUACCAGAGGUAUGAGUUUCCAAGAGAUUCAAGAUCUUCUUAAUAAAUCUUUGAUACCAGACCAAAUGCCUAAGUUAAUUUGUAUAGAGUUUUUCAAACCAGUCUAGUUUUGUAAUUUUGUUUAAUACUUUGAAUUAUAAAACUAUUGUACUAGUAUAUUUUUAUAAUGUUACUAUAUUUAAAAUUUAUUGUAAUGAUCACAGUUGGCUAUGUUAUUUGAAUUAUUUAGUAUUGUUGAUAUAACAUAAAUUUGUAAUUGUAGUGAAUUGGACAAACUGCAUUUUCUGUUUUUUUUUUUAUAUAUAAUAAAUUAGGUUUACAAGAAAUGGUUUUAAUUUAUUCCAUACGAUAUUUUCAUUGAUUGGUCGUAAAACAACAUAAGUACGGUAGAUAAGUGACAUAAGGAAAUAUCAUGUCCUUGUAAAUAAUAUUUGACUCAUAAUUUGUAUUUUCUAUGUACGUUCCUGCAUGUAUUAACAGAAAUCAGCUGCUUGGCGGUAAACAGAUGAUAGAUUGAAUUUUUUGGAAGUUUUUAAAUACAUAUAAUAACUCAAAUAGAUAACUACAUAUUUUCAAGUAAAAGUCUUACUACCUGGGAGUCCACAUUAUAGUCUUAUCAAAUCAGUAUUUGUUGUUCUUUAAAUGUAGCUAUCUCCAAAUCUCUUUAAAAUGGCUUGGUAUUUUCUUCCAAAGUUUUUUUAUUUUAAAAUUAAUGAAUAACAAUUUUACUUUUAACAUUUUCAUCUAAACACAUGAAUUUGCACAGAAGUUUUUAUUAAAUUAUCAUCUUAAUUUUAUUUUUGAUCGGGCAGUUCAAAACUUUGGCAUUGGUUACAUUGGGACCUUUUAAAGUCAUUGUCUUGGGCAUGUAAUUUACAAAACUAAUACUUAAAAGAUGUUAUUUAUCACAGAUUUAAUUGAGCAGAUUUUGUUAAUAUACAGAGGCUGAUGCCUUGUUUGAAUGCACAAACUGCUAGACUGCUCAGGGUGUACUAUACUAUAAACCACUUUGGAAAAGAAGGUAGUACCUCAGAAUUUUUAAAUGGUUUUGCUAGAUUUCAUAGAAAUCAAGAGGAGAUUUCUUUUGCAUUUUCUCUAAUCAUGGUCCCUAGGAACUAAAACCACUUAAAUAAAAUUACAGUAGAGUCCCGCCGAUCCGAACCCCGCCAAUCCGAAAAUCCGCCUAAUCCGAACACGGCUAGGAGAAAAUAUAAAAUUGCUAAAAAGGCAGGAAAAUAAAUUAAAACCAGUUAUUAUAGUAAAACGUAAGUUUUAUUUCUCAAAGCAUUUACUUACUGACAUAUAGAAACUGAAAUUACAUUUGAA